CCCUAUAAUUCAACAAACGAUACCUGCCCGCCACCUGAAAGUCCAAGCCUCUCAUCGUAUCUGAGAGCCAUGGAGGUGAGAGAGAGAGAAAAAGGAAAUUUCGUCUACCCCGUCAUACCCGAGUCGUUGGGGGGCGAUCGAGGGACAAGGUCAUUCCGCAUGAAAAAAGUUGGUCAUGG